UUGCAAAUAUCCACAAAUAAUCCUGCAGACAAGUGCUGAAGUUGCUUUUUGUUGUCAGACUGCGCCCCUCUGCCUUGGUGCACUGCUUUGUCAUUGUGCCCUUUAGUACACCACCUCUCUGCCUAUUUUCAAGAUGUGUGACAGUAUUUAUAUCUGAGCCACACAGGCGUGACACAUUUGUCAGUGAAGGACUUUGCACAGUGCUCCACAGGACGUGUCAGUGAGGGCUGGGUAAGGCGCUGGCUUCAUUUCACCCUGCUCAAGGGUGGCCCAACAACUAGCAGGCAAAGCCUAUGCAAAUGUGUCUGAAUACUAACAGAUCUGUCUGGCAUCAUCUUUCUUCAAAUCCACCAGACAAUUUGCAGAUACAUCUAUUUAUUCUUUUCCUCGAAGAACUUUUCUCAGUGAUUUUAUUGUGAAUUUAAAUGUGGCUUUCUUCAUGACAAGAGCCCUGGGACAGUGUUCCUCUGGUUUCCUGUUCCCAGAGCCCCUUGGCUGGGCAAGUUUCCCCAAAGCCCUUGCCCCACACUCUGACAGCUCAGACAUCAUCUGUCCUUCUGAAUGGUUGAGACCUCAGAGGUCUACUGAAAGCAUUUUGCACAGUCUUGGUUGCUUUCCAGUUAUCUUAUCUGCUUUCUACUGACAGCUUUAUACCUCUCUGCUCAAACUGUCUAGACAACACCAGCUCUCAGCUGAACUGCAUCAAGAAUAAAAAUUUAAUUGUCCCAGAGGCUGUAGGAAUCACCUUGUUUUUGAGGGACAGAUUUCCCUUGGUAUGUUUUCAUGUGCUUUUGUCUUUUUUACUUAUUCUUUGUACCAUUUUUUUCUCUCCUAUGUAAUUUUUGUUGUGCAUUUUGGUUUGGAAGCUAGAACAAACUGGGCAAGACAAAUAAACACUGGCAAAACAAGAUGAAGUGAAACAGGAGAAAACAACAUAGGAAAAACUUUCCGUAUAUUCAGACGCAAAUUGAUUAGAAUAAGAGUUUUCCUACUUGAAAGGAAAAGUGAUACUUCAUCUCAUAAUUCUUGGUUACUUCUGGCUUUUACCAUGGGCUGUUCUGUGAUAAUAAAAGAAAGCCCCUCUAUUUUUAUUUCAGUCACUGCUGGUGUGAAGUGAUAGGGCACAGUCUCACAUUGGGAAACCCUUCACUUUUGUCAGGUCCAUGCGUCCUCUCCUCUUCUUCAACAGCUCUCUGUGGGCUCCUGGCCCGCCUGUCCUCAUCGGCUGCUCCUGGUCUUUGUCUCUCUGUCUCGUUACAUAAAACUUCUAAUAAUACUCUGAAGUAAUCUUUGCAUAUGAUCUCAUCAAGCUCUUGCUGCUGGGGAUUAAGUGCUAUAACAAUGGCAUGAUCUCAGCUGGAGGAGGCUGACUGCCCCUCCCUCUGGCUGCCUUGUCGUGCUCCCCUAGAAGCAGCCACGGGGCAGGGGCUGAGGACCACCUCCCUCUAAAGAGGCACUGGAAAGGCUUGCAGAGGUCUUUGUCUUGCAGGUCUUUGGCUUUUUGCAGCUGCACUUCGCAUACAAGGCUUGUUUAAGGAUGCUCUGUCUUCAGGAGUGAAGGCAGCUAAUGCAAUCCAGGUCUCUCUGUGUCAGACUGUGCCUCAGAUGCCAGGUUUUCCCAUUUCACAAGCUAAACUUUCUUUUUUUUUUUUUUCUUUUUUUAAAACUUCAGGAGGUCAUUCCUGUUCCACUUGUUGUUUAACAUAAAAAGCUACAUCUAUACAUUGCACCAUCUGGCUGCAUUCUGGCUCUCAUGGAAGUGAGGAAGGAAUCAACCAGACGUGGAUAAAACCAAAAGCAAGGCAGCUGGGUCUUCAGUAGCUUCAGCCUGCAGAUGUGAAAAGCAUCCACCUCCAUUGCAAAAGAUCUGCCACCCUGGAAGAAUUUCCAGAGACCUCCAUCCUUCUGGUGCUGCAGAAGAUUUGCAGUGAUGGUGUUUGUCGUUGAAGCUCAUGACCUUCUACUCUUGCCAAAGCUGUUGGUAGUAAUGAAAUUGCAUCAGCCAGCCAGGUGGUGAAUUUGGCUGAAGCCUUCAGCAUGGGUGCCAACAGUGUAUUCCUGCAUAACUGUGUCAUUCUGUGUUGGUCAGGAAGGACAUGCAUCCUCAAAGGACAGCAGCUGAGUUCAGCAAAAAUCAUCUCUGUACAUUACCUCAAAGCUGGUUGUGCAACUCAGGCUCUCAAGAAUGAGUGAAUAAAUAAACGAAUCAGUGACAAAUUAACUAAUACAACAAACAGUCAAACUUUCCAGUAUGGCACAGUUUCAUUUAUGUUUUUUUUCUUCUUCUUCUUUUUUUUUUUUUUCCCUAGAGCAGAUAUUACUGCCUUGGCCUUCUUCACAAAAUAGCUUCAGAUCUAAGGAACAUUUAAACAUUCACAGUAUGGCUUGCCAGUGAAUAUUUCACAUUGUUAGGGAGGCAAUACAUUAGAGAGAAUUGCCUUGCUGUAAAGGAUCUCUACUGCUUUAAGGAAUGGCUCUCAAUGGAGGAAAACUCUCAGCGGGGGAUUUACAAGCCGGGGCUGAUGCUGCUCGCUCUUCCCGAGUGCAACAGGCUGCCCAGCCUGCACCAGGACCCCAGUGCCUGCACCCAUAUCCCUUUCUUUGAUUUUAAGAAGGAGAAUAUAACCAGGACUUGCUACAGUGGCAAUGGCCAGUUUUACCAGGGCUGGGCCAACGUUACCGCCUCCGGCAUCCCCUGCCAGAAGUGGAGUGACCAGGCUCCCCACUUACACAGAAGGACUCCUCAGGUUUUCCCCGAGCUGUCUGAUGCUGAGAAUUACUGCCGCAACCCAGGAGGUGAAAAUGAGCGUCCCUGGUGCUACACAAAAGACCCAUCUGUCACUUGGGAAUACUGCAGCGUGUCUCCCUGUGGAGAUGCAUCGUUAUCGCUAGGAACAAGAAAACCAAAUGGAGAGACACAAAACCUUCCCCCUCCUCCAUCUUAUUCCCCCACAUACUCCAUGAAUGUUAUCAUCUUGAUCAUCUCCAGCUUUGCUCUAAUCGUGAUCCUUGGCAUUAUCACCCUUGUUUGCUGCCGUCGCCGAAAGCAGUGGAAAAACAAGAAAAGAGAGUCAGAAACACCGACACUCACCACUCUGCCCUCUGAACUCCUCCUGGACCGGCUGCACCCUAACCCCAUGUACCAGCGGAUGCCUCUUCUCCUCAAUCCCAAACUACUCAGCUUGGAGUAUCCCAGGAACAAUAUUGAAUAUGUGAGAGAUAUUGGGGAAGGAGCAUUUGGGAGAGUUUUCCAAGCAAGGGCCCCAGGACUACUGCCAUAUGAACCCUUCACAAUGGUGGCAGUGAAAAUGCUGAAAGAGGAAGCAUCUGCAGACAUGCAGGCCGACUUCCAGAGGGAGGCAGCCCUCAUGGCUGAAUUUGACAAUCCGAACAUUGUCAAGCUCUUAGGUGUGUGUGCUGUUGGGAAACCCAUGUGCCUGCUGUUUGAGUACAUGGCCUACGGCGAUCUCAAUGAGUACCUGCGCGACCGCUCACCCCGCAACCUCUGCAGCCUGGUGCAGGGUGGCCUGGAGGCACGGGCCUGCCUCCUCAAUCCGCUGGCACUGUGCUGCACCAGCCAGCUUUGCAUUGCCAAGCAGGUGGCUGCAGGCAUGGCCUACCUCUCCGAGCGCAAGUUUGUUCAUCGGGACUUGGCCACCAGGAACUGCCUAGUGGGGGAGAACAUGGUGGUCAAAAUUGCUGACUUUGGCCUCUCAAGGAACAUGUAUUCAGCUGAUUACUACAAAGCCAAUGAGAACGAUGCCAUCCCCAUCCGCUGGAUGCCACCUGAAUCCAUUUUUUAUAACCGGUACACCACAGAGUCUGAUGUGUGGGCCUAUGGGGUGGUUCUGUGGGAGAUCUUCUCCUACGGCAUGCAGCCCUAUUAUGGCAUGGCUCAUGAGGAGGUCAUCUACUAUGUGAGGGAUGGGAACAUCCUGUCCUGCCCAGACAAUUGUCCUCUAGAGCUCUACAACCUGAUGCGUCUCUGCUGGAGCAAGCUGCCAGCUGACCGGCCAAGCUUUGCCAGUAUCCACCGCAUCCUGGAGCGCAUGUAUGAGAGGGCUGUGGCCUCCCCACAGGUCUGAGGGGUGUGGUGAGGAGUCUCUCACGUCUACCUGCCUGCAGGCUCCUGAGCUCAAAGCUCUGAUUCAGAGGGAGGAGAAACACGUUGUUCCUCUACCAAAAAGGAGUGUGGACUGCACCCACUCCCCUCCUUGAGGUGGACUAUACCUCCCAGAUUAUGGGGAUAGCUCCCAGCCACCAAUCUGGUGCUCCUUGGUUGGCUGGCGAGCUGGCUGUGUUGGCUCAGGACCUGCUUUAGUCAUUUCCAGGAGCACAGAGUUCCCCAGGCAAAACAGACCAACUUCUUCCUGGGGUAACUUCCCUUCCCAGCAGUUUUCUCCCUGUUCUUCUGCAUUUGUGCACUUGGCUUUUAACUUUCUGUUCCCUUCAUUAUAUGUUUUCAACAACUACCUGUAAAAAAAAAAAGAAAAAAAAAAAAAAAGAUUGCAGAAAUCAGUCCUGUUUUGGAUGCUGCUUACCAUUUUAUUUUUGCAUGCUCACUUCACUUUGUAGAGGAAGGAUAUUGCAGAAGGCAUAGUCCACUGACUUUUUAACUCCCUUUUUGUGUUUGUUGCUCAUGAACACAACACAGAGUCAAAUCAGGAGCCUGCAGGACCACCGGUUGUAGCCAGUAUGUCAUGUUAAACAAAAUCCUAUCCUAAGAUUUAUCUUCAAAAGAGGGAAGUCCACACUGAGGGUCAUUUGAUUUUUGCUAAGAUCUCACCAGAAGCCUUAUAUAUAGUAGCCAGUCUUCUCACCCAGUCCUACCUACAAAGCCACUGAUUGUUAAUAGACAAAUUCAUCCUAAAGGCCCAGUCCUGAACCCAUCUGUUCUCUUGGGUGUGUUUAUUUCCCCGUGCCUGCAGUACAGUGUCCAUCACGCUGAGGUAAGGGAGAAACAGAUUUGUUGAACUUGAUCUUGUUGAACAUCAUCCCUCUGGCCUCAGCUCAGCAAUCCAGCCUGUCCACUGGGCAGGUUUGUAGGGCUUUCCUACCCUCAGGCAGACUGUCACUUCCUCCCAACUUGUCUGCAAACUUACUGAUGGUGCACUCAGUCCCUUCGUCCAGGUCAUCAAUAAAGAUGUUAAACAGGACAGGCCUCAAUACUGACCACUGGGGCACACCACUCAUGACUGGUUGCCAGCUGGAUUUAACUCCAUUCACCACUACUCUCUGGGACCAGCCCGACAACCAGUUCUUUACCCAACAAAGAAUGUACCUGUUCAAGCCACAGGCUAUCAGCUUCCUCAGGAGAAUACUGUGGGAGACAGUGUCAAAGGCUUUGAUAAAAUCUAGGUGGACUACGCCAACAGUCUUUCUGUCAUCCACCAGCUUAGUUACUUGAUCACAGAAGGAAAUCAGGUUGAUCAAGCAGGACCUGCCUUUUGUGAACCAAAUCUGGCUGGGCCUGAUCCCCCUGUUGUUCUGCACAUACUGUGUGAUCUCACUCAAAAUGAUCUGCUCUAUAACCUUUCCUGGCACUGAGGUCAGGCUGACAGGCCUGUAGUUCCUCAAAUCCUCCUUACAAGACUUCUUGUAGAUAGGAAUCACAUUGGCAAGCCUCCAGUCCUCUGGGACCUCUCUGAUUUACCAGGAAUGUUGAUAGAUGGUAGAAACUGGCUUGGCAGUCACCAGUGUCAGUUCCCUCAGCACUCUUGGGUGGAUUCCAUCUGGACCCAUGGACUUGUUGCAGUCUCGAUGGAGUAGAAGGUCUCUCUGCCUGUUUCCACCUGAAUCGUAGUGGGUUUAUUCUGCUCCCCAUCCAAGACUUCUAGGUCAGGUGGUAGAGUACCCCAAGGAUGACUGGUCUGACUUUAGUUCUGGACAGAAGUAAAGAAAGCAUUGAGAACCUCAGCCUUUUCCUUGCCCUUGGUGAUCAUUUUCCCAGCCACAUCCAGUAAAAGAUGGAGAUUCUCCUUAUCCCUCCUCUUACUGUUAAUAUAUUUGUAAAAAACUUUUUUUGUUGUUCUCUUCUAGCCCAGCAGCCAAGUUCAAGUUGGGCUUUUGAUUUUCUAAUUUUCUCCCUGCACAUCCUGACAACUACUUUGUACUCUCCCUGAACGGCCCGUCCCUUCUUCCACAGGAAGUAGAUUCACUUUUUCUCCUGGAGCCUCAGGAAAAAUUCCCUUUUCGUCUACGCUGGUCUUCUUUGCCACUGGCUCAUCCUAUGUCACCAGAGGACAGCCUGCUCCUGUGCCUUCAAGACUUCCUUCAUGAGGGGUAACCAGCGUUCCUGGACCCCUUUACCCUUCAGAACUGAAUAACAAGGGAUCCUCACUACCAGCAUUCUGAACAGUUCAAAGUCUGCCUUCUGGAAGUCCAAGUUGGCAGUUUUGCAGGGCCCCCUCCUGACUUCACUAAGAAUCAAGAACUCUACCAUUUCAUGGUCACUCUGUCCAAGACAGCUCCUGACCUCCUCAUCAUUGUCUGUUUGUGAAGAGGUCUAGCAGGGCUCUUUCACUGGUAGGCUCCCUUACCAGCUGCGUCAGGAAGUUUUCUUCCACAUAUUUUGGAAACCUCCUAGAAUGCUUAUUCUGUGCUGUCUUGUAUUUCCAGCAUAGACCAAGGAAGGUGUAGUCUCCCCUGAGAACAAGGGCUGGUGAUCAUGCAACUUCUGCCAGCUGCUUGUAGAAUGCCUCAUCUGUCUCCUCAUCCUAGUUAGGCGAUCUAUAACAAACACCCACCAGCAUGUCCACCUUGUUGGCCCUCCCCCCUUACCCAUAGACACUAAACCUUACCAGUCUCAGCCCCCCCAGCAUUAUGACACUGAAACUCUCUCUAACAUAGAGAUCGACGACACCACCCCUUCUUCCUUGCCUAUCCCUUCUGAAAAGCUUAUAGCCAUCCAUUACAGCACUUCAGCUGUGCAACUAAUCCCACUGUGUUUCUGUAAUGGCAACUAAGUCAUAGUUUGCCUGCUGCCUGAUAACUUCCAGCUACUCCUGUCUGCUCCUCAAGCUUCAUGCAUUGGUGUAGAUGCACUUCAGCUGAGCCAUCUGCCUCACCCCCAGACCAUCGUUCCCCUAUGCUCAUCUCAAGUGAGCCUGGUUUUAUUCCCUUUCCCCUUCAUACCUAGUUUUAGGCCCUCUCAUUGAGCCCUGCCAUCUCCUGGGCUAGGAUGUGUUUCCUCCUUUGAGGUAGGUGAGACCCAUCAGCACCCAUCAUGCCGUGCCUUUGGGAGAGAAAAUAUCCUUCUCCCUUGCAGAAACAUAGCAGCUUGUGUCAUGUAUUUCCGUUUUGGUCUUUCCCCUGUGUUACUGGUUUUCCUUUCCUGACAGCAUCUCUUUAUCCCUGAGACUUCUUUUGGUGGCCUCCACCUCUCAUGCUGCAGAAGGAAGUCAGGGUGACAUGUACUAUCAGUGGCUUUCAGAGACACACUACCAGCCAGAGACACAUCUAAAAGAGAACUUCACUCUUCAACAAAUAAAGCGUCGCAGUCUGCCUGUUCACAGGUCAGAGAUGAGACUGCCUCUCUAUAUAUGGUCCUCAUCCCACUUGUAAACACCAUAUGUCAUUUCUCUACUAAAAACUAUCUAAGUUGGAACGUAUAUAUCACUGCCAGAGAAAAACAGGCUCCUCUGAGGACACAAUUUACUGUCUGCUUCUUUGAGCACUGCUAACAGAAAUAGGGUCAGCAAUGGGGAUGAGCAUUCUCGGCACAGAACACGAGCACAGCUGAGUGAGUGGCUGGUGUGGCAUCUGUAACUGGGACACCUUGGCUGAGCUCACUCAGUGAACAGCAGUGGAGAGCAGCUGUCCACAGGGCUGUCUGGAGCAGCCUUCGUUCCUGAGAGGUAAGUUUGGAAAGUUCUGCCAACCAUUACGUAGUUCAAAACUGGAAAACAUGUGCCUUCCAUGGGUUUGGCCAUUCUCUUUAGAGAGAACAGGAUCAUGCCUUGGACUAGAGAGUGGUGUGGAUCCUGCACAAGUAUGGCAGGGAAAACAGCACCUCCUCCCUACAUGGAAGAUGUCCUACACCAAGAUAAGGUAGAAAGAAGAUGGUGUGAAGUGUUUGCCACCUGCUAGUCUGAGCAGACACACUUGCAGAUUGAAACACAACCUUUUUUUUGUUGCAGUUCCCUGGCCAAACUUUUCUCUCAGUGGCAGCGUGUGCAGCCAGUGUGGGCCUGCAAUCACAGGAGUGGAAAAUCUGGUUUUUCUUGCUUGUCUUUCUUUGCAUGGCAUGCAUGUGUUGAGACCUGCGUUGGUUAGCGACUGCAUGUUAGGAUGGAGAAUGCUUCACCUGUUGUUAGAGAAAAGAUGUUUUCAAGAUCAUUUCACUGAGCAGCUCUCUGCAGUGUGCUCUGGGAAGAUGACAACUGAGUCUGCAGUGCAGUUCAGCUGGAGGGCCUAGUGCCUCAAUGGCAAUGUCCUUUGAGGAUUAUGUGGUAGACAGCUCUUCUGCUGCCCUGGCCUGUGUCUUUAUCUGGCCCUGAGGGUUUCCUCCUUGUUGUCCUCCUGUCCUCCUGUUGUCCAGCCUGAUGAAAGCUGGAGGCUAAAUUGCUGUCAGGAUUUGGCUUAUUUCACACCUUUAUUUUUUCUAUCUUUGUUUGGGAAGUCUGCUUUCCUCUGUCGAUGCUAUAAAUUGUGCUACUGCAGAGAUUUAUAGGCAGUUCUGUAUAUCUGUCACAUAACUAAUUAUUUUGAACAGGAGUAAGCAAUGCAAGUGCAAGAGAGGAGAAAGGAGAACACAUAAAUCAAAAAACAGAAAGCAAAAAUAUUUUGCAGUGUCAAGACUGGAUUUACAGGUUCAUGCAGAGGGAAAUGUUGUACUAAACCCAAACAUUUUGGCACUUCAUUUCCUAUUCCCUCCAAUGGCAGAGGGAGCCUUGCAGUCAGCAGCCCUGGAUGAGAAUCCUGUGGAGAAGGAGAGGACUUACAGCACAGCUGCUAUACCUACUCCCUCUCCCAGCAUCCUGGCUGAGCAUCUGCAGCACUUACCACGAGCGGCAUCCUAAGACAAUUUGACUAACCAAACAGCAUAGCAAUACUCUCCUAUUUCUUAACAGCUGCAUUAAUUGUGCAGUAAAGCAUAAAUUCCCUCACUGAUUUGCAUGAGAUAUGAUCAGAUUUGGUCUGGAGGAGCUACUCUCAAAUACUCAGUGGCUUCAGUACUCCAAGGGUAUACAAUCAUUGCUCCUCUUCGGCUGUUUGUUACACAUUUCAUGAAUGAAGGCUUUGAACUAUGCCUCAGUCAGAGAUGUAUAACUCUCCCUAUCCCCACCUGUGUAGCUCAUGUGUGUAAUAUUUUAUAGAAUAAAGAGAUAUCA